AAAUAAAACGGAAAUCCUUUGCAAGCAAGCGUCACCGCGAAUUCGUUUGACGAGUCCCCAUUGUGCGUUGAUAGCGGUUAUCAUACGGCUGGCAACUAGGUUUCAAUAGCCAGAAUAGAUAAUAUAUUAAGCCCUUCAAACGGACACCUAACAGUGCAGUGCAUUCCACGGGCGAGCGAUCUGUUUUAUAACGAAUCUGCAUAUCACGUGAAAAUAUUGCUUUUCAAUCAUGGUGAACAAACACUACGUUGCUGGAUACGAUGCGUUCGUUGCAUUCAUGAAGGAUUUUAACGGCAAUGGUUCACCGAUCAAUGUUCUGUUUACGGGCGCCAAAAUGGAUAAUGGGGAAAGCUGGUGUAGCGAUUGCGUGGAAGCGGCUCCUUUUAUCGAAAACGCCGUCGCAUCUUCGGCCCCCAAAGAAUCGCACUUCAUUUACGUAGAUGUCGGCGAUAGGCCCACAUGGAAAGACAUGAACAAUCCCUUCCGCAAGGAUAAAAACACGCAUCUUUCCGUCAUUCCGACGCUGAUCCGGUGGAAAAAUCCUCAACGACUGGAGGGUGAACAGUUGACCAAGACUGAUCUGUUGGAGCUUUUCUUUUCGGAGGAAGAUUAACUGAAAAACUCUAUUUUUUUACGUAAAACGGAACUACUGAUCAAAUGCUAUUGUGCCUACGCCCGGUGAGCAUAUUCCAGGAAUAAAUCAAAACUAAAUUUUUUGUUCAA